GGUUUUAGCGGCGUUUUGCCCUACGAUAUUCUGCGCCGGCAGCAGCCUUGUGAAAGUAACGAGAGACGCCGGAAGGCAACUAUUACUAACAUGAGAACUCACUAAUAAUUGUUUAUGUGACUUGUUGGCAAAAGGGCUCUUUAGGACCAAAGGAUUCGGUAAUCUCUUUUCUCAACGCUUCAACUUUUACCCAGCAACAGACGCCCGGACUCCGCCUUUAGUCCCUGUUAUUGGCCAUCUUGAAUUGCAAUCUGCCCUUCUGAUUGGUCAACCGUGAUCGGCCAAAUUUUUUUUUUUUUUUUUUUCCCAAUUGGCGAAGCAGUCUUGUGGGAAGCCAGUCGUUCCUGCGGGAGUGCCUCACAGCGCCGCCUCUGAUUGGGCGCUGUGGUGCGCGGUCCCUUUAGUUACAUUGCAGAAGGGCCGACCUUUCGGUCCCGCGCUACGCUCCGGAGCCGCAGUCCCCAGGGGACUUCCGGGUUCGGGCGCCGCAGAGGCAGGAAGGGGCGGGCACUGCCGUGCUGGGAGUCCGGGUGGCUGUGGUUCUAUUCUGUCUCCCCUGCGGGCGGUGGUGUAGGCCUCGUAUGCCUGGUGCCUUUGCCAGGUCCGCAGACGCCGGCCGAAGGCUUGGUGGGCGAGGACACGGGCGCGCGCCUGGAAUUCAUGUUUGCGGGAGGCUGAGGCGGGAGGAUCUCAAGCUCUCUCCCGUCUGAGCAACUUAGCGAGAUCCCCGUCUCAAAAUAAAAAGUAAAAAGACUGGGGUGUAGCUCAGCGUGAAGGUCCUGGUUCCAUCCUCAGUGCCAUCAAGGGGAAAGAGAGGACCUAGAAGAGCUAGGACAAGGGAAGCCCCUCCGCCUCGCCGAAGCGUCCCCCUCCCGCAACCCUGCGUCGCCCGGAGCCGCCUUGCAGUCCCCAUGGAGGAGCGGCUGCAGGAAGCGCUGCUGCUGAAGGAGCAGGGGAACCAGCGCUACCGCGAGGGCCGCUUCCGCGCCGCGGCCGGCAGGUAUCAUCGCGCGCUGCUGCAGCUGCGGGGCCUGGAGCCCGGCCCGGCGCCUGCGCCUGUCCCCGUCCCCGACUUGGGCCCGCGGACGCCCGUGCUCACGCCCGCGCAGGAGGACGCGCUGCGCAACACGCAGACUGCCUGCUACAACAACCUGGCAGCCUGCCUCCUGCAGAUGGAGCCCGUGAACUACGAGAGGGUGCGGGAGUACAGUCAGAAGGUCCUGCGGCGGCAGCCUGAUAAUGCCAAAGCCUUGUAUCGCGCAGGGGUAGCCUCGUUCCACUUGCAGGACUACGAGCAGGCACAUCGCCACCUCCUGGCAGCCAUGCGCAGGCAGCCCUCAGAUGUCAGUGUCCGGCGAUACCUGCAGUUGACGCAGUCCGAGCUUAACAGCUACCACAGGAAGCAGAAGCAGCUGUACCUGGGCAUGUUUGGCUGACAGAACUGCACUCUCGCUGGAGGCCAGGUGCACGUGAGCCUCAAGUAGGAGUGAGAAGGCCCCUGCCUGCUGCCCUGCGCUCAGCCCCAACUCUGCCACUCUCACCUUCUGUAUCUGUGUUCAUCUGGAUUUCACUGCUUGUCAUCGUGGAGACCAUUGCCAUGAGAGCUGCUCCAGGAAGCACCGGUCUGUUUCAGCUGAGUGUGUGGUUUUCUGGCCCGGGCUGGAGAAGAGCUGCUGUGCACAGUGCAUGCCAGAGAGGGCAGCCUGGGUUGAGGGUCUUCUUUUCUCUUCUCAGACUCUGGCCAUGCCAGAAACACAUCAUGUUGAAAUGAAAGAUUUAGAGUUGAUCCCUUGUGUUUAAAUUAAUUCCUUGUUCUUUAUAAUAUUUCAUGCAUAUUGAGUCUUUUUCCCUACACAAGUAUUUGGUUUCUAUUUUUUUCCUCAUGGUAAUUUCUAGUCCUUGCUAUUACUCAUAUUUAGAUCAUUAAUAAACAAUAGUUAAUUUUUUUAAUUAAUCUAUUCUCUUAAAACCUCUAGAGUUGCCAGGGAUUUAGCUUAUCGCUAUAAGCGCCUGCCUUGCAAGCAUGAGGUCAUGAGUUGGAUCCCUGGUACAAAAAAAAAAAAAAAUCUCUAGAGUCAAACACUUAAGUGUUGUGUCAAGAAAAAAAAAAUACACGGGCCUGGGAUGUAGCUUAAUGGCAUAGUACCUGCCUGGCAAGCAAGAGGUUCUAAGAUUGAUUCCUGGUACCUCUCCAUAAAAGAAAAAAAAAAACAGAGUUUUUAAUUUUUAGCUGAGGAUUUAGCUCAGUAGCACACAUGCCUGCCUGGCAAGCGCAGGGUUGUGAGUUUGGUCCCCAGUACAAAAAAAAUUUUUUUAAUGUUGCACAUAUGUGUAUAUAUGGUAUGCUUGCUUCUCUGAAGGAAUUAGGGAAAACAGGUUACCACAUCUUCUAGAAACAGCACGAUGGCAGAGCAGGUUGGAAAUCGAAAUCCUGGGCUGGGGAACAAAGGAGUGAUAGAGAACUCAGCAGGCCUGCCCAGGGCUCCAGGUUCAUUGCCUAGUACUGGAAAAAAGUCCAAAUCUUGGCCUUGGCAUGUUUGGCUGGCAGAACUGCACUCCCACUGGAGACCAGGAGAAGACAAGGAGGAGGCUGUUGUGCUUAGUGCCUUCAAGCACUGGGAGAGCGUGGGUCAUGGCAGAGCAGGAGGCUUCACCAGCCAGCUGCUCCAUGGCUGUUUGCCCCCCAAGGAUGCUCUGAGAUCAGGAGUUGAGGCCAGCAGUGGAGCACAAGCAGUGCCAUCUGCAUCCAGGUGUACAUGCUGUCAGUCAGACAACAAAUGUUGCAGGGGGAAAGGAAAACUGCCCCAGUCCAAUGAUGGCGAACCUUUCCAAUAAACUAUGGCACACGUGCCAUAGGUUCACCACCACUGCCCUGGUCUUUUAACAUAACACCCCUGGGUGCUGGGGAUUUAGCUCAGGGGCAUAAGCGCCUGCCUUGCAAGCAGGCAGUCGUGAGUUAGAUCCCCAGUACCGUUAAAAAAGAAAAAGACAAAAAAAAAGAAAUUAAAAAAAAAAUAACACCCCUGCAGAAGGUGGUGCAUGCCUGAAUUGGGGAGGCUGAGGCAGGAGGAUAAUCAUGAGUUCCAGGCCAGGGUAGGCUACAUAAUGACCUCAAGGCCAACAUAAACUACAUAGCAAGAUCUUGUCUCAAAUAACAUCCCUUCUCCCACUGGGCUGGACUCCUUAUUCUUCCCUAUGUUUAAACAGUACAAUCAUUAGGAGCUGAGGGUUUAGUUCAGUGGCACAAGCACCUGCCUGGCAAAUGCCAGGUUGUGAGUUCAAUCCUGCUACCAAAAAAAAAGUGCAAUCAUCAACAAAAAGGUUUCCUACCAAGUACCAUGAUGUCCAAGGACAUAAUUAAUAAAAACUGUUUGCCUCUUUUUCUAACUGUCCUGAAACCCUUAGUUUAGGGUUAGUGACAAAAGUGUGGCAGUGCAAAUUUUACCAAAUCCAUUUGGUCAGAAACCACAUCCUGUUUCUUCUAGUAAUUUUCACCCACUAACCAAUCUUUGCCUGGAUAAGUAAUCCCUACUUGUCCUUGUUGGACUGGUACUGGAUCCACUCUGUACCCCACCAGAAGACUGGCUUGCAGUGGUUCUGAAUCUAUGGCCAUGUGGCCUUGUGAUAAACUCUAUGCUUUAAAAAGAUUAAGGGCCUGGGAUUUAGUUCAGUGGUGUAAGUGUCUACCUGACAUAAAUGCGGUUGUUGAUUUCAAUCCCUCAUACCAAAAAGAAAAAAAAAAAACAAGAUUAAUUAAAGUUGUGGUGGCUGCA